CCACACCGUCGGUUGAUGGCCGUCCGGCGCAGGUGUGGUCGUGGCCGUGAAAUAACCUGGGCGCUGGGGACAAUUCUUGCCGUCGUAGGUGUGCUCGUGGCCCUGAAAGAAACUGAUUGUUCCUCGUUGUCUCUCCAGUGCGUUACUUUUUUUUUUUUUUGCGUCCCUGCCGCCGGAGAACCAGACUUCGGCCCCUCCCUUGUCUGGCCCAGCCCAACCACGAGCCUCUCAGUCCAUCCCAGGCCGCAUCUCUGCGCUGCUUAUACCCCUAAAGAAACAUCUGUUGCUUUAAAAAAAACAUCUCUGCGCUGCUUCGGCUCUCCCUCCCACCGUCGUCGGCUCCCCGGGGAUCCUGCCCGUCGCCGCCAGCGGCCCGCGUUGGUGCUGCCCCGGCUCUUGCAACUUGGAAGGGCUGCCACCACUGCCUCCUCCCUCCCCGCCAGUCCCCCGUGCCUGCGGCAAGCGCUCCUCGGCACCCCUCCUAGGCUCCUGCGUCGGAUCCCCUCGCCGUGGCAUCUGCUUGGCAGUGGGCAGGGCAACAUGUCUGGCAAUCCUGCAGGUGUGGAUAACACUUUCCGUAGGAAAUUUGACAAGGAGGAGUACUUGGAGCGAGCUCGACAGAGAGAGCGGGAUGAGAAGGAUGAAGCCCGGAGAGGCAAGGAUAGGGGCCCUCCUGUGCAAAGACAGCCUUUGAAGCAUAGGGAUUAUGAAGUUGAUCUUGAGUCUCGUCUUGGUAAAACCCAGGUUUGUAAAAUCAUAUAGAUUUCAAAUAAUGUUCCUUAUUAUGUUUUUCCAUGUUUCCUCAUUGUUGUUUAACCUGUGAGCCCAAUUGAGCGUGAUUCCUCAAUUUCUUCUUAUGUAGUAUAUCUGUAAUGCCUCGCGUGGUACAUUUUGAAGUUCCUUAUUUAGGUUAAUUUGCAACCUAGUAUAUGAGACUUCAUGUUUAUGCUUAUUUGAAUUAUUGGAUGUUGAUUUGUGGGUAUUGGGUGUUCUAGUAUGUCAUGGCAUUAUAUGUUCUUUAUGCUGCUAUUUUCCAAUAGAGGUUGUCAAACAGACCUUACCAAUCAAUUAGAUGUGCCCUUGUAUAUAUAGUCAGAAUACAGAAAAUGUACUCAGCAAUAUCUGCAGUUUCUGUGUAUAUACUAUAAUGUUGCCAUGGCUAGUCUUAAUUUGACGCUCUCUGCAAUUCAUGGAAAGACCAACAAGCCAACCAUCUUUCAUGUUCUGAAAACUGCAUCCACAUUCUUGUGUGCUGGUGACAUAUAUAAUUUGGCCUGUAAUGAACCUGCUUAAAUGAAAGCGGCGAGAGUUCCCUGACUUUUCCUGUAAAUUUGGGGAAGCUGAACUGAGACAUUGUCAGUAUCUUGCUCCCUGUUUCAUUUGUGUUGGAUGUCGAAUCAUUCUAUGACAUCCACUUUGGAAAGCAGAAAAGAUUAAUUGCAUCUUGCAUUGCUUGGAUACAUAUAUAUUGAAUUCGAACCACAAACACAAUCCAAGCAUCUUGCAUUACUAGGAUGGAUAUGAUUGGGGUGCCGAGCGAGCAACUAGCUUGUAGUUUUGAUCGGAUGGAUUCAGAGACUCAGGUGCUGGAGCAGAGAGCUGCCGUAGAGGCCCUUGGCCCUGUAGCGCCGGACCAGUUCCGCCAUGGUGGUGCUCCUGUACCGCGCCUCGCCGUUGGUGACAAUUGGCUGUAGCACUCUCGUUGAUGUGGCUGCGCCCUGCGGCCGGAAGAAGCAGGCCACG